AAAAAAUCAAAAAAUGUCGAAUUUCCGGCUAUAAAAGCAGCACCGGGCGUCCAUGCUAACCUUCUUUCCCCUUCCUAAAGAUCUAUAAGGAUUUCGAAGAGGAGCUUCAGAGGGUUCUCUUCCUCUUUCUUAGAGGAUUGAGAACCUCAUCUGAUGUGACUCUUCUUGGCACUGUGAAACCGCUGAGAUUUAGAUAUCACCCAAUCGACUCGGUAAAGGCUCAUGCUCUGUAUCUGCAAGCACCGGCUUGCAGUAUCAUGUUCUUGAGGUCAAAGAUGCAGGAGCCUUUUUCUACUCUAAUAUAUUGUAGUAGCUGACUUGUUCAUCUGGUCAGUAAUAUAUCCAUCUUUCCCAGUCACUGGGUUAGAUCCAGUUCUUGUUUGGCUGGACCUAUUGCUUUGUAAUGGCGAUUGGGAAAGGCAACCAGCCUUCACCAUGUUCGUCUAUCUGUUACAAAGUCCGUUUCCUUACAGAGGCCAUUCUAGACGCAACACAGAUCAGUAAUCUGGAAGACAGAUAUGUGCUUGAAGAACGGCUGGGAUCGGGCCAGUUUGGUGUGAUUAGGUACUGUUACGACAAGCUGACAGGAGAGACCUUGGCCUGUAAGUCCAUUUCAAAGGAUCUAUUGGUCACACCAGAGGAUGUGCGUAGUGUCAAACUGGAGAUCGAGAUCAUGGCUCAAUUAUCAGGCCACCCGAAUGUUGUGGACCUGAAAGCAGUCUUUGAGGAGGAGGAUUAUGUGCAUCUGGUAAUGGAGCUUUGUGAAGGUGGUGAGCUUUACCAGCUUUUGGAGAACCACAAGCUGCUGUCAGAAGCAGAGGCUGUAGUUAUGUUUAAGCAAUUGAUGGAAGUUUUAAAGUUCUGCCAUGAUAAGGGUGUGGUGCAUAGGGACCUGAAGCCAGAAAACAUUCUACUGGCAACUAAUUCCAAGCCAUCGCCCAUAAAAUUGGCAGACUUUGGCCUUGCGUCCUACAUCAGACCAGGACAAGCUCUGUAUGGUAUAGUUGGCAGUCCAUAUUAUAUUGCUCCAGAAGUCCUUGCUGGGGGCUAUAAUGAAGCAGCAGAUGUCUGGAGCGCCGGCGUGAUUCUUUACAUUCUUCUCAGUGGGCAACCUCCUUUCUAUGGGGUUACCAAGGCACAGAUUUUUGAUGAAGUAAGGGCAGCAGACAUAUGGUUUCCAUCGGAACCUUGGGACCAUGUAUCUGCUUCUGCUAAGGAUUUGAUCAGAAGAAUGCUUUGCAGAGAUCCGAAAAACAGACUUACUGCAGCACAGGUCUUAGACCAUUGCUGGUUUAAAAAUGAAGAGAAACUCUUGGGAGAUGAAGGCCAGUUUGGCUCACUCGAAGACUCUUUGCCUGAGCAAUCGAUUCCCAUGAACUGUGAUUUCAUCGUGAACUCCAGCAACGUGGUUUGUUGUGAUGUUCAGCGGGACUUCUCCCCUACGUUUACUUGCGAAACGUCAUUUUCUUCCUUUUUGGCUGAUGCAACGGGUUGUUCGCCAUCUACUGGCCUUUCGUUUAGGAGCUCUGCGUCUAGUGAUGAAGAGUGCUCUACCCCAAUAGCUUCAGUGCCGAGCUUUGCAUUCUUCGCUCCUUGCACUCCAGACGAACAGGAUAACUCAACUGCCGCACAAGGAGACCUAGUUGAACCAGGAAAAACUGAGGCGGAAGUGGCACUGGCUUCGCGAGCAUCGGGAAAUCGGACAACUGGCUUGGGAGAGUUCGAGCAGCUGGGCAACCUGGACCUAAUGGUCACAGGAUCCCUUGUACGUUGGCCCUCUUUCACGCAUCUCUCAAACGCUACUCCCCUCCAGUCCUUGGUGUGCUGAAGAAUUCACAGAAGAGAAACGACCAAGCAUCUCUACGCGGGGUAGUUCAACCCUUUUUGUUGUAACGAGGAGUGAUUGUUGUUGGAGUACUUUUCGAAGAGAUGCUGUGAUUCUCUCUUCUUGUUAUCUGGCUAUAAUAUAUUUAUUUAUUUUUCUUGGUUUCGAGCAGUUCAGGCCAGGUUUCUUAUCGUUGUCAAUGUUAAUUGCAGGACUUGUGAAUGUAAAUUCGUCCCUGUUGUUGCUUGGUCAUUGUAUUCUGCGCUAUUUGUAGAUAGAAAGAGUGCCUGCCAAAGUUGGCGACGUUUUUCUUUGUGUUUGAUUGAUACCAUUUGCAAAAAAUGUCUCCAACGUUUGGCAUAUAAUGCUGGCCUUCAAAAAUAUUGUGAAGCUAAUGCAUCUUAAUGCAGUAAAAUUAUCCGUUUAGGAUUUCACUUA